AAUUGGGAUAUUUGUUAGGAGCAAGAGAGAGCGACUCACAUCUCAACACUCAGCAUUUCCCAAAUGCCGGAAAAUUGGGCGCUCGUAAACCUAGAGCCGGCCAAAUCGCCGAGGAUGCAUGGCAUUGGAGAAGCAAGCGGCGCCGGUGAUCGGUGCCUACGGCCUCUCAAUCACCAGAUCCUCAAUUGCCCCCGCUGCGAUUCGCUCAACACCAAAUUCUGCUACUACAACAACUACAACCUCUCUCAGCCGCGCCACUUCUGCAAGAGCUGCCGCCGCUACUGGACCAAAGGCGGCGUCCUCCGCAACGUCCCCGUCGGCGGCGGCUGCCGCAAAACCAAGCGCUCCAAGCCUCGCACCGACGACGCGCCGCCGCCAGAGACCAAAUCCACCGCUCAAACCUCCUCCACCAGCGAUUCCUCAACCCUAACCACCGCCCCUCCGAUCAAUUCGACGCCGGAUUCCGCUCUCGUGUACAAUUUCGCCGACGCUAGUUUCUCCAACGCGAAUCCUAGCCUCGAUCGGCAGCCACCGGUGGUUAACGAUCGUAUCUUCGCGGCGGAAGUGGGGAGCUUCACGGAACUGAUGACGUCACGGGAGGAAUUGAUGAUCGCGAAGACGACGUCGUACGCGCGGGAGCAAUCGGCGACCGUGGAUGAGUUGAAGGUGGAAGAUGAUAACAAUAAUUGUACGGAGGAGCUAGCGGCGGCGGCGGCGCUGGAGUGGGGAAGCGGCGGCGACGACGGAGAUCAAGGGCUGUUUGAUCUAACGGCUGGCGUGGAUCCUGCUUACUGGAGUCAAUCUGAUUGGACUGACAGUGACCAAUCCCUAAAUUAUCUACGCUAGUUUAAUCUUACCUUUAACUAAUUAUAAUAAUAAUAUUAUUAUUUUGUUUCAAUACGCAAAAAUAUUCAUAAUAUCUGAUAUUGUAGAAAAUUGUAAGUGGCCUUUCUGUUUUUGAAGAAACGCACUUAGUUUGAGUA